UAAACCCAGUGUCCUUCUUCUCCGCUUCCCAGAAUCCAUAAUCCAUGUCGUGGCAAACGAUUUUUCAUUCUUUUUUUUUUUUAUCUUUCAUCUUCUUCAUCAGAUUUCAAAACGGUUCCAGUUAUAAUCGAUUCCAGUUACAGAAUGAUCAUCUUAGAACCCUCCAUUAAUCUCACAGGCACGAUCUAUAUUCAAUGCAAUUUUCAUUAUGUGAGGCUGUGGAGGUUCUCCUAUAAAAAGAUAUGAUUUUUUUCUACUUUGAGAAUCAUUCUUCAUUCUUUUAAGCUAACCAGUAAACUAAAUCCGUGAGAUAUGGCUAACGUUUCGGUCUUCCUCUCCGAUUUGCAGACGGGCCGCUCCUCCUCCUCUGUUGAAGUCCGGUUGCUCCGUUUCUGGGAGACCAGGAAUGUCCGCCAUGAUGGAGAGCUUAUGGGAGUGGAUAUGCUCUUACUGGAUUCUCGCAAGCAGCAUCAGGCGACCAUGCUGCCGGUCACCGUGAAUGUACACCGGCUUGCGACCCACAUGCCUCAUCUGAAAGCGGGGGUCAAGUUUACCUUCAAAAAAACUAUGGUCAAGGACAAAAAACAGUCAUCUAACGCUCUCGGCGUUGCCAAUGUCCCAAUCACGGAGGCCAGUAUCCACUGCGGCUAUACUAUUCGAUGACAAUCAAUAAAGUCAAGGACAAAGUUUCAAACAAGUUGAUUUAUAUCUCCCAAGAACGGUCUUCACUCACGGCCAGUUGUACGUUGCGUUAUCUCGAGUUACUUCACCGGAUGGGCUUAAGAUAUUGGACGAUACCUCUGAUUCAGACAAUGCGGAUGGAGUAACUAACAUAGUCUACAAGGAGGUCUUCAAGGGCCUUCCACACACAAAGGAAGAGCAUCCGAUGUGUUCUUAAACAGUUAUAGGCUUCGAAGAAGGUAUCUUUCAUCAGUGUUUUAAGUAUAAUAUUUUGAAGGACUCGAUUCUCUCUUCUCUUAUCGUCUUACAUGUUCUACUUUGAUGAAAAUCUUCUUCUUAACGCUUAAGCAUUGUUUAAAUUUAAGGUUUCAUAUAAAGAGUUCGUGAUACUAUGUUUCAAAGGAUACCCUUAGAAUAUAUUAUAGA